AUGGCCACCGGCCCGCCACCAAAGAAACCACGUUUCGAGAAUGGAUGGUUUCCAACCAGAUCGGUAUGGAUUCAAAAUACCUAUAUCAUUUUCUAUCUAUGGAAUUGGCCCUGUGCGGUCUUUUGUGCAUGCGCAAUACAUUUUGCUGACCGUUGUGAUGUUGCAGGGAUUUCAUUGACGAUCCUUUCCAUGCUGCUGGCAGUUCACAACCUCUACCCUUCGCUUAGACCGUAUACCACACCAUUCUUCCAGUUGUCGCAUUACCAAUCCGAGGAUGUCUAUGUUCAAGGCUGGGAUGAUAUCUACUUUGUUAUUAGUUCCGCUAUCGCAUUCACAGCCAUUCGGGCAAUCACUAUUGAAUGGGUCUUCCAGCCCGUCGCACAAUAUGCUGGGCUGAAGCGAAAGGCCUCGAUCCGUUUCGCGGAGCAGGGUUGGCUGUUGCUGUACUAUGGCUUUUUCUGGUCAUUUGGAAUGUACAUAUGGUCGCAGUCUAACUACUGGCUCGAUUUCCGCGCGAUCUGGGCCGAAUGGCCUGCCCGGGGUGUUUCCGGUACCUUGAAGUGGUACCUCCUGGUGCAGCUGUCAUUCUGGGUGCAGCAGAUUUUCGUCAUCAACAUUGAGGAGAGACGCAAGGAUCACUACCAAAUGUUUACCCACCACAUUAUCACCAGCACCCUUCUCGGCUCUGCUUACAUCUACGGCUUUUACAACGUCUCGAACGUGGUUCUGUGUCUCAUGGAUAUCGUUGACUUUAUGCUGCCGACGGCCAAAAUCCUCAAGUACUUGAAAUAUGAGACCUCCUGUAACAUCGCCUUCGGUGUCUUCAUGCUUACAUGGUUGAUCGCUCGCCACGUCUUCUACCUCCAGCUGUGCUGGUCUAUUUACAAGAAUGUCCCCGAGGUGAUGCCAUACGGAACGUAUUCGGGAACCACCGCGGAAAUGCUCAGCACCGACGGAUACCCCAGCAAGUUCGCUUAUCUCUUCUCGCCUUUCCAGGACAUUGACGGCCCCAUCUCCAUGAACCGCACCAUAAAGUGGAUCUUCCUUUCUUUCCUUCUGUCUCUCCAGGUCUUGUCUAUCAUCUGGUUUGGCAUGAUUGUCCGCGUGGCUGUGGGUGUUCUUCGGACCGGAAAUGCCGAGGAUACUCGCAGCGAUGAUGAGGAGGAAGAGGAAGUCUCCACCAACAGCCAGGUCCACAUUGCAGGCAAGGAUGGUCCCAAUGGCACUGCUGUCGUUGUUGACAGCACCAACGCUGAAUGGCGGAGAUCUAAUGGAUCUUCGACCGUGCGAACUCGUGGUCGUGGCCGGGUCCGCCUCGAUCAGAGCGAUAGAAAGGCACUCCUUGGUAGAAUUGGAUGCGACAAGCCUACCUAG